GAGCAAAGGCAGGACCAGAAUAGAGAGUGACACUGAGCCAAGCCAAUCAGGCCAUGAGUCUGUAGCAGGGCUCCUAGGCCAUCCAAUUAGCACUAAGAGGGAGGACUGACACUUCCGGAGGAAUACAGAUGGCAGGGACAGCACGCCAUGACCGAGAGAUGGCCAUCCAGUCCAAGAAGAAACUCACCACGGCCACAGAUCCCAUUGAGAGACUCCGACUGCAGUGCCUGGCCAGGGGCUCUGCAGGUAUCAAAGGACUUGGCAGAGUGUUUCGAAUUAUGGAUGACAAUAACAACCGAACCCUUGAUUUCAAAGAAUUUGUAAAGGGGUUAAAUGAUUAUGCUGUAGUCAUGGAAAAGGAAGAGGCUGAAGAGCUUUUCCGGAGAUUUGAUAAAGAUGGAAAUGGAACAAUAGACUUCAAUGAAUUUCUUCUCACUUUAAGACCUCCCAUGUCCAGAGCCAGAAAAGAGGUAAUCAUGCAAGCUUUCAGAAAGUUAGACAAGACUGGAGAUGGCGUCAUCACAAUCGAAGACCUUCGCGGGUUGUACAAUGCAAAACACCAUCCCAAGUACCAAAAUGGAGAGUGGACAGAGGAACAGGUCUUCCGGAAAUUUCUGGAUAACUUUGACUCACCCUAUGACAAAGACGGACUGGUGACCCCAGAGGAGUUCAUGAAUUAUUAUGCAGGUGUGAGCGCAUCCAUUGACACUGAUGUGUACUUCAUCGUCAUGAUGAGAACCGCCUGGAAGCUCUAAAUGCAUGAUUUGGGGACCAGGCCUUGGGGACAGCCACGUGACUCUAAAUGAUUAACCUCAGCUCAAAAAUCUGGAUCAUUUUUKAUUUCAUGUUCCUUCCAGUGUUUCUUCCUUGUCAACAUACUGCAUUUUCUAGGGGUAAGAAAAGGGCAGAAAUAAAGAGUCUCAGUAGUUAACUGUGAGCUUGCCUCCUCUGAAUCUAUUUCCUUAGCUCUAAAAUAGG